ACCUCGGAGCUCCAGCUCGAACGCAUGAGCGUUUACUUUAACGAGGUACGCAACCAGGGAAACACAUGGCAUAUACCGAGGAGUAGUUACUAAUCACCCCAACAUGCACAGGCAUCUGGUAACAAGUAUGUUCCUCGAGCCGUCCUCGUCGACCUCGAGCCGGGCACCAUGGACGCCGUCCGUGCUGGCCCGUUCGGCCAACUUUUCCGACCCGACAACUUCGUCUUCGGCCAGUCUGGUGCCGGAAACAACUGGGCGAAGGGUCACUACACUGAGGGUGCUGAGCUUGUUGACAACGUUCUCGAUGUCGUUCGUCGUGAGGCUGAGGGCUGUGACUGCCUUCAGGGUUUCCAGAUCACCCACUCUCUCGGUGGUGGUACCGGUGCCGGUAUGGGUACUCUGCUGAUCUCCAAGAUCCGCGAGGAGUUCCCCGACCGCAUGAUGGCCACCUUCUCCGUCGUUCCUUCUCCUAAGGUUUCCGACACCGUCGUCGAGCCUUACAACGCCACUCUUUCAGUUCACCAGUUGGUUGAGAACUCGGACGAGACUUUCUGUAUCGACAACGAAGCUCUGUACGACAUCUGCAUGCGUACUCUCAAGCUGUCCAACCCCUCUUACGGCGACUUGAACCACCUGGUUUCCGCCGUCAUGUCUGGUGUCACCACUUGCUUGCGUUUCCCUGGUCAGCUGAACUCUGACCUGCGCAAGCUCGCCGUGAACAUGGUUCCUUUCCCUCGUCUUCACUUCUUCAUGGUCGGCUUCGCUCCCUUGACCAGCCGUGGCGCUUACUCCUUCCGCGCCGUUACCGUCCCCGAGUUGACGCAACAGAUGUUCGACCCCAAGAACAUGAUGGCCGCGUCCGACUUCCGCAACGGCCGCUACCUAACGUGCUCUGCCAUCUUCCGUGGCAAGAUCUCCAUGAAGGAGGUUGAGGACCAGAUGCGCAACGUCCAGAACAAGAACUCGUCCUACUUCGUCGAGUGGAUCCCCAACAACGUCCAGACCGCUCUCUGCUCCAUUCCUCCCCGCGGCCUCAAGAUGUCGUCUACUUUCGUCGGCAACUCGACUGCUAUCCAGGAGCUUUUCAAGCGUGUCGGCGAGCAGUUCACUGCUAUGUUCCGACGCAAGGCUUUCUUGCAUUGGUACACUGGUGAGGGUAUGGACGAGAUGGAGUUUACCGAGGCCGAGUCCAACAUGAACGACUUGGUCAGCGAGUACCAGCAGUACCAGGAUGCCGGCGUGGACGAGGAGGAAGAGGAGUACGAGGAGGAGGUCCCCGUCGAGGGCGAGGAGUAAGCGAUUGCGUCUUAUACCCAUUUCCAUAAACGGCACCAUACAAUUUGUUGGCACGGCACGGAUGGGAUGAGUAGGGGUGUGACGGUUUUGGUAGUUCUCGUCUCCUAUACUAUUCUCGCGCCCCCGUUUGUCACCUAAGACCUUCAAUGGAUAUAAAGUAAUG